UGACAAAGCGAACUUCUCACUUUGUAAUUUUUCAAAGAAGACGAAAUUCAUGAUUCUCGAAUUCAACCGGGGUCCCAGAAGGAUGGUCUAGAGGAUCUUUCCAUCUCUCCGGGGGAAGCUGAGGUGCCUGAGAACCGGUGACUGAAGUUUCUGUCAAGCGCGCAGCCCACGGGAAGCGAUCCUCGGUGGCUCCGGUAGAAGGCAAAGGGCUCCCAGGAGCAGCGGUACUUUCGAGCUCUGCUCAGAGAUAAGAAGCAAGUUCUACAAUGACAACCUAUUUGGAAUUCAUCCAACAAAAUGAAGAUCGAGAUGGGGUCCGAUUUAGUUGGAAUGUGUGGCCUUCAAGUCGACUGGAAGCAACAAGAAUGGUGGUUCCAGUCGCAUCCCUCUUUACACCUCUGAAGGAGAGGCCUGAUUUACCACCUAUUCAGUAUGAACCUGUGCUGUGCAGUAGGACCACUUGCCGUGCAGUUUUGAAUCCUUUAUGUCAAGUGGAUUAUCGAGCAAAACUGUGGGCUUGCAACUUCUGUUAUCAGAGGAAUCAGUUUCCACCUACUUAUGCUGGCAUAUCUGAACUGAAUCAACCUGCUGAACUUUUACCUCAGUUCUCUAGCAUUGAAUAUGUAGUUCUGCGUGGUCCUCAGAUGCCCUUGAUAUUCCUCUACGUGGUUGAUACUUGCAUGGAAGAUGAAGAUUUGCAAGCACUGAAAGAAUCUAUGCAGAUGUCCUUAAGUCUUUUACCACCAACAGCUUUGGUUGGACUUAUCACUUUUGGGAGAAUGGUGCAGGUUCAUGAGCUGGGAUGUGAGGGCAUUUCAAAAAGCUAUGUCUUCAGAGGAACAAAAGAUCUGACGGCCAAACAACUGCAGGAAAUGCUGGGGCUCUCUAAAGUACCUGUUACUCAAGCAACACGUGGCCCUCAGGUACAGCAGCCACCUCCUUCCAAUAGAUUUUUGCAGCCAGUACAGAAAAUAGACAUGAAUCUCACAGAUCUUCUGGGAGAGCUGCAGCGAGAUCCUUGGCCUGUACCGCAGGGAAAGAGGCCUUUGAGGUCCUCUGGCGUGGCACUUUCCAUAGCUGUAGGACUACUUGAGUGUACUUUCCCCAACACUGGUGCUCGUAUCAUGAUGUUUAUUGGUGGUCCAGCUACUCAGGGACCUGGAAUGGUCGUUGGAGAUGAACUGAAGACGCCCAUAAGAUCAUGGCAUGAUAUUGACAAAGACAAUGCAAAAUUUGUUAAAAAGGGAACGAAGCAUUUUGAAGCACUGGCUAAUCGAGCUGCUACCACUGGUCAUGUUAUUGAUAUCUAUGCAUGUGCAUUAGAUCAGACUGGUCUAAUGGAGAUGAAAUGCUGUCCUAACCUCACUGGGGGGUACAUGGUAAUGGGUGACUCUUUCAAUACAUCCUUGUUCAAGCAAACUUUCCAAAGGGUCUUUACUAAAGACAUGCAUGGACAGUUUAAAAUGGGCUUUGGUGGUACAUUAGAAAUAAAGACAUCAAGGGAAAUAAAGAUUUCAGGAGCUAUUGGACCCUGUGUGUCUCUCAAUUCCAAAGGACCAUGUGUGUCUGAAAAUGAGAUAGGAACAGGUGGCACCUGUCAGUGGAAGAUAUGUGGACUCAGUCCUACUACAACCUUAGCUGUGUAUUUUGAAGUUGUCAACCAGCAUAACGCUCCAAUUCCUCAAGGAGGACGUGGUGCCAUCCAGUUUGUGACUCAAUAUCAGCACUCAAGUGGGCAGAGACGUAUCCGGGUGACCACCGUUGCCAGGAACUGGGCAGAUGCACAGACUCAAAUCCAAAACAUUGCUGCAUCUUUUGACCAGGAGGCUGCUGCUAUUCUUAUGGCCCGGCUGGCCAUAUAUAGAGCAGAAACUGAGGAAGGGCCAGAUGUGCUUAGAUGGCUAGACAGACAACUCAUUCGACUGUGUCAGAAAUUUGGAGAGUAUCACAAAGAUGACCCAAGUUCCUUCAGAUUUUCAGAAACUUUCUCCCUUUAUCCACAGUUUAUGUUUCAUUUAAGAAGAUCUCCGUUCUUGCAAGUUUUUAACAACAGUCCUGAUGAGAGUUCAUAUUAUCGACACCAUUUUAUGCGUCAAGAUCUAACCCAGUCGUUGAUCAUGAUUCAGCCCAUUCUGUAUGCAUAUUCUUUCAGUGGGCCCCCAGAGCCGGUUCUUCUUGACAGCAGCAGCAUUCUUGCAGAUCGUAUUCUUCUCAUGGACACAUUCUUCCAGAUUUUGAUUUAUCAUGGAGAGACCAUAGCACAAUGGCGUAAAUCAGGUUACCAGGAUAUGCCUGAAUAUGAAAAUUUUCGCCACCUUCUGCAAGCCCCUGUGGAUGACGCGCAGGAGAUUCUUCACUCCCGGUUUCCCAUGCCCAGAUACAUCGACACUGAACACGGGGGCAGCCAGGCUCGUUUCCUGCUUUCAAAAGUCAACCCUUCACAGACUCAUAAUAAUAUGUAUGCCUGGGGACAGGAGUCUGGAGCACCUAUUCUCACAGAUGAUGUUAGUUUACAAGUUUUCAUGGAUCACUUGAAGAAGCUUGCGGUAUCAAGUGCUGCUUGAAGUGUUAAACAUAAUAAGGACACUUAAGACGAUAAAAUGUUUUGGUUUUCUUUUUUUUUUCUCUUUUCAUUUUAUCUGUGGAAACCAACAGAGAUUGCUCUAGACUCUUGGUGUGGGUUUAGACAAAAUAUGGGGAAAUGUUCACUUUUGUAGAUCUAGCUGGGAUAUAAGAGCAAUAAGAACAAAUUUCGUUUUUUGCUUGCCACAGUAUUAUAACUGGUGUUAGAAAUUUGAAGUCUAUAAAACUUUAUUAUGUUAAAGAGUAAAAAUAGUCUGCCUUGCACUGCAGAGACCCAACUCACUUGUAUAUUGCAGACAACUCCAAAGUGGCACUGAUUAUUCUUACUGACUUUUUGAAAACUUGCUUCUUAAUUUUGGCCAGAAAGUGAACAAAAUCAUCAUCUGUAAUGAUAAAGAUGAACUUUUUUUUUCUGUUCAUUGAGUAUUUUUCUGUGAUUUUUAGCAUUAAUGUAUACACUUAUUCUGUAUUUACUUGGGUAAGGCAGAUUUAUUUUUAUGAUUAUUUGUUUAGGAAUUUUUUGAGUUUAUGGUGAUUUUCAUGAAGAUAAUGUUUUUGGCCAUUUGGAAAAAUAAUUUAGGAUGAGGAGUUUUGUAGGGUGCCAGUCCUACAGCUGACAGUAAAUGCGAAAGUCUCAUAAAGUACCCAACUUAGGUUACUAAAUGUGAUAUUUUAUCCCCCAAAGUGAGAUAGAAAAGACAUCGUUUUGUCAGCAUACAUUUUAGAAAGUUUUUGCAGUAAAAUGACUGUUGUGACUACUAAAACAAAUUUGGUUUUCACUACAUGAUUUUGUUGUUUCCCCUUGUUUUUCUGAGGUAAACUUUACUUAAUAUUCUUCAGUAUUUUAACUCUGUUUUGGGAGUUUACACAUUAAUUUUUGUUCCUGCCUCUAUUUUGUGAAAUUAUUAAGUUCUUAUUAAAACAGUAUUAUAUAAUAAGUUUUUGAAUUAUAUCAUGUGGUGAUGUUCAUUUUUUCUUUUUGAUUUAUUAAUAUCGACUUUUACUCUUUAAAGUUUACUUGUAGCAGAUGUUUACAUUGCUAAAGCCAGAUAUGUUUGACAAUGAAAUUUACAUCAUGUACUGCAAAUAAAAGGUGGUGCUAUGAUAUAUGCUUAUUGAAGGGAAAGUUUUGAUGGUUGCACUUGCAUGAACACAAUCUUAUGAUGGCAGAAUAGAAACAAAAAAGUUUAUAUGUUAUAUUCAGUUAGAUUAGUUAAAUUUCUCUUUUAUUUGAAUGGAACUGCUUGGUCUAAAUACCAAUAAAACAUACUUUUUCUGUUUC